AUAGACAACGUUUGAUUACAAUCGCAAUUCAAAAUUCGAAAUUGCCAAACUAUUUUUUUCAUGAAGUGUUUUGGACAUAAAUGUCAAAAUGAAUAAAAAUUCCAGUGCAGAAUAAAAUGAACAAAAUAAUCUAUUCCAGGAUAUUUCCAAGCCUCAAACUCAUCUUGAAAAGAUCAUGCCAUUGUCACUGUGGUCCAGCAACGCCCCCACAAAGAUUCACUUGUUGCGGGCUAGUUCCAGAGUUACUUGGAAAGGCCCCAUGUGAAUCACUUAUCGUGUCCUAUAGGAGGGUGUGUGCAGACUUAGGAAACGAAUUAAAUCCGAUCGAUUGCAAGGAUGAACCCAUCGUAAAGUGGUGUGCUAAUCCCGACAAGCUCUAUACCCUCUUCAUGCUAGACCCUGAUGCUCCUUGCAGGGUGAUGCCGGCUUCUAGAAGCUGGUUACAUUGGUUGGUGGGCAACAUCCCUUGCGGAUCAAUCGAAAGAGGAAGAACUAUUGCAUCAUACGUUGGUCCUGCACCACCAAGAAACACCGGAUAUCAUCGAUAUGUGUUUCUGGUAUACCAACAAUGUUGUGAAAUCAAUUUUCAAGAGAAGUUCAUCUCAAACUGUUGCGUUGAGGGGCGGCCUAAGUUCAGUUUACAGUGUUUUGUACAAAGGUACAGUUUGGGCGAACCCCAGGCAGGAAAUUUCUUCAAAGCCGAGUGGGACUGCUACGUCGAAAAUAUAAAUCGUCAAUUGGGUUUAAAAUAAUCAUGGAAUUUUAUGUAUUCAAUAUGCUGAGCGACAAAUACACUGUUUUGUUUGUCGUUA